GCUUGCUUUCUUCUUCUUAAACGAGACAGGUGAUCGUUCGGCGGGUUGCCCGGCGGUUUGAUUUCUUGAUCGGCAUGGCGAUGGGCAAGGCGAGGUCGGGCAAGGCGGAGGGGGCGCGGUGCCGGCAGCAGGGGGCGGGCGUCUGCGCGUCCUGCCUGCGGGACCGCCUCGCCCACCUGUCCCUCUCGGCGUCGCUGCCCUCCGUCGUGCGCGGCGACGCGGAGGACGAUGGGUUCUACGAGGAAGGGGCGUCGUCCUGCUCGGAGGCGUCCACGGCCUACUCCUCCGAGGGCUCCAGCGCCGCGUCGUCCGGGCGCGCCAGCCCGGCGGCCGAGCCGGCGUUCCACGACGAGAUGAGGCGCGCGCCGCGGGUGUCGCUGCUCAUGCGCCACGAGCGCGUCGUCGGGGACGCCGACGCCGUCGCCGCGUUCCUGCAGGCGAGGAGGGAGCAGAGGAGGAGGACGGCCACCAGCUUCUGGGCCAAGCUGCUGCACGCCACGCGGGGCGGAGGAGGAGGGAAGAAGGAGGCGGCGUGCUCGCUGGCGGCGCGCGCCGAGACGCUCCAGGAGAGGGGCGCCACGGCUAAGUGGGUCCUCUUCUGAUCGGGCCCGUCUGAUCUGGCCAUGCAUGCAUUAAUUCCGGUGCUCUUUAGUUCGUCGAUGAAUGCUUCUAGUGGCUUGGUGGACAUUUUUUUUUCCUAUUCUUUGGGUGCAUUUUGUUGAUGGUUUUCGCCUGGGUGUCGAAGGGGCAUGCAGCUUAGCCUAGCCAUGAUGAUCCAUGAUUCCAUGCUUUGUACAGAUCUAAAGCACACAACCUGUACGUGAUCCGUUGAUCGAUAUUCUUUGAUUGGUUUUAACUUUCAGCCAUCUCAGUUUUUUGUUGUUGUUAAUCUAACUAUAUAUACGGAUCGAGUAUAUGCAACUGAACGGCAGCACCUGUGUGGCAUAUUGGCA